AUGAAGCACAUGAAGAAAAUUCUCGCAAACAAGAACACAGCCAAAACCAACGGCAACGUAAUGAGGCAGAGGAGCCCCAGACAUUCGGAUGAAGGCUUGCUGGGAAGUGUGGAGUCACGCAGUGUGCUGAGAAAGAUCAGCGACAUGUUGGAGGUGAUUCUGAAGAGGAUGGACACCCUGUCCAAACUGGACAACAGCUCCAGCACAGACGCAAGACGCCUGGAUGAGCUCAGCUCUGCUAUUAACAGGUUUCAACCAGCCGGCCUAGUGGAGAGGAUCCAAGCUAUAGCUCAGAAUGUCUCCAACAUGGCCAUCAGAGUGGAGCAGAUACUGCAGAGCAGCAUGAUGCAAGGCAGAGUUGUCAGAGAUGGGACGACAAGCCAGUGUGAAGUACCAAGGGACAGCCACUUCCCAGAAUGCCCUGGAAAAGUAGAUUGGAUGCGUGCCCGGUGGACAUCGGAUCCUUGCUACGCCUUCUACGGUGUUGACGGUUCAGACUGUUCUUUCCUCAUCUAUCUGAGCGAAGUGGAGUGGUUCUGCCCCCCACUGGCCUGGAGGAACCACACCAGCCCCCCCACACAGCAUACACAACAAGCAAAGUCCCCCAAGAGACAAGCUGCUUUUCGCACAGACCUUUCUGUCCUGCUGGAGCAGGUCGGGAGUGGAAAGGAGUCCCUCAGCUUCAUGAAGCGCAGAAUUCGACGCCUCGCUCAGCAGUGGGCAACAGCCGCCAACCGUCUGGACGUCAAACUGGGGCAGCGAUGGAGAGACCAAAAAAAGAUCCUGGUCCAUGUGGGCUUCCUGACUGAGGAGUCUGGGGAUGUUUUUAGCCCAAAGGUGCUGAAAGGGGGACCUCUGGGAGAGAUGGUCCAGUGGGCAGACAUCUUGACUGCCCUUCAUGUUCUUGGACACAACCUCAAGAUCUCCAUGUCAGUUAAAGAACUUCAAGGGUUUCUUGGCGUGCCCCCAGGUAGAGGAAGUUGCCCGCUCACUGGACCGUUGCCCUUUGACCUCAUUUACACCGACUACCAUGGCCUGCAACAGAUGAAGCAGCAUAUGGGACUGUCACUCAAGAAACACAAAUGUCAUAUCAGAGUAAUUGACACAUUUGGGACAGAACCAGCUUACAAUCAUGAGGAGUAUGCAACACUUCAUGGCUACCGGACCAACUGGGGCUACUGGAACCUGAACCCGCGGCAGUAUAUGACCAUGUUCCCCCACACACCAGACAAUUCUUUCAUGGGCUUCGUCUCAGAAGAGCUGAAUGAGACAGAGAAGAGGAGCAUCCAGCAGAACAAAGUCAACAACAUGGCUGUGGUGUACGGCAAAGAGGCCAGCAUGUGGAAGCUUCAGCAGGGGAAAGACAGUUUUCUGGAUAUCCUCCACAGGUACAUGGAGGUCCAUGGCACAGUGUACUACGAGACCCAGAGACCUCCAGAGGUCCCGCCCUUUGUAAAGAACCACGGCCUGCUGCCCCAACAUGAGCUGCAGCAGCUGCUCCGCAAAGCCAAGCUCUUCAUUGGUUUUGGGUUCCCGUAUGAAGGCCCAGCUCCGCUCGAAGCUAUAGCCAACGGCUGUAUUUUUCUGCAGCCGAAGUUCCAGCCCCCCCACAGCUCAUUAAACCAUGAAUUCUUCAGAGGCAAGCCCACAUCUCGAGAGGUUUUCUCCCAGCACCCAUAUGCAGAGCAGUACAUAGGCAAGCCACACGUCAUGACGGUGGACUACAACAACUCUCUUGAGUUUGACGCUGCAAUUAAAGAAAUCAUGAGGACAAAGGUCGAGUCUUUCCUGCCUUAUGAGUACACUUGUGAAGGGAUGCUGGAGAGAGGACAUGCCUACGUACAGAAUCAGGAUUUCUGUGUGCCAGAGUCUCCUUUCAUUCCAACCAACUUCUCCAGACAAGGAUCUGCAACUGGCCGCAAGAUGACUGGACCUUUGUUUGUGCCGCUUCCCACAUCUACAGCCCUCGGCUGGACAUCCAACGUGACAGCUCCCACUGCCUGGCCUCCUCUCAGCUCCCUUAGGUUGCUCGUGUCUCAGGAGGGCCAGUCCUGUGUGGAAGCCUGCUACUCAGCUGGUUUCAUCUGUGAACCUGCUCACUUCCGCUUCAUCAAUAACAAGGAGGCUAUGCGGGGGUUGGAGGUGCAGUGUGAAGUAGUCGACUCAGAGAUCAACCACAUCCUCCCAGCCUUCUCCGUGUUGCGGCGGGAGUGCGGCCUUCAGCGGGAACCCUUACUCUUCAGCUGUGCAGGACACUCCCCUAAAUACAGACGUCUUUGCCCCUGCAGAGACUACCGACGUGGACAGGUUGCACUUUGCAGAGAUUGUCUAUAACAACAGGACACCUGAAGGACAGAAACUAAAGAAAAAGAUACAGACUCUGGAGCAAACUGGGAAACUUUAGCUUGAAUAGCUGCUAAAUUGUGAAAUGAAUAAUUUAUAAUGACUUACUUAUUGCAUCUUGCUGGGAACUGAAAAGAGGUAAACUGAAGGACAAAUACUUAGCUACCCAAACCAAUGCGUUUUCACAUUAACCCCACAGUGAUAUUAUAUAAACAUUUUGUUCUAUAAAUACUGCUCCAUAUUACUGGGUGGAUGGUGUCAUGAAGAUGGCAACCUCAGGUCAGUAUCUAACCUCUCAGCACGCAGACAAAGGAUGAUGGACACCCAGGUUAUUUUUCUUUCCGUUUGUCUUCCUGUAAUGGAAAUUUAUCAGACUGAACCUAAAGUCAGGGGCAACAUCAGUCAAAACAAUCAUCUCUGAGGAGCGAGGACACACACACAGGCCAGGUCACAGGAUUAUUUUUCAAUAAAGAAGCCUUCGUACGUCUCAAAUGGAUUUUCAAAAAAAAAAAAAAAGAUCUUUAGGGUUUGUGAUGGACAAUAAUAAAGAUCAAAAGACCAAAGUGUUGAGGUGAGUUUUAAUAUUGCUUUUGUUCUUCAUUCAGUUCCUCACAGCUUCAGGUUGGUGGACUGUUCCUACAAACAUUUGUUCUACCACUCACAUCCAUCCACAUUUACAGAAAACAUUUUAAAUAGCAGCAUUUCACAAUAAAAGUCAUACCAGGGCACGAUACAAAAAAUGUCAGACAUACAGCUCAUUAUUCCUUCAAGAACUAUGAACAAACUGCUGUU